GAACAUAUAAGAGCCGUGUAACUAGCAAACUGACUCACUUGGUCUGCCGUCAGUGUUCAAAAUGGCCGCGAAUAUUCUGUUGCCCUUAUGGAUAUUACUUAGCUGUGUAAUAGAUGCACUAGCUGAAACUUGCUACAGGGAGGACGAGUCAUUCACCUGUAUUUUGGGAUGUUGUGAGGACGAAAAUUAUGUUGACUGUUGUUUGGGUAACGGAGCCAGCAUUGGUAUCAUCUGCACAUGCGUGGCAGUUGUCCUGAGUUGCAUAGGAGCAUGCUUCCGACAAUUUCGAAGAAGAAAUAACCUGAGCGAGGAUGAUAACACUCAGGGCCCUUCCGUUACAGUGGUUACAAACACCACAAUGCAGGGCGCCUACGGUAACCAACAGAUGUCACAGUACCCUCCCCCCGCCUACCCGGGACCCCCAACAACCGCACCCUACCCGGUUGCCCCUGCAGCCUAUCCCCCAAAGUACUGACACAUCGCGGAGGAGAUGAAGUGGGGAAUCCCCUUGGCUGAAGGAAGCAGGACAUGAAGCACACGGUCAUUAGAUAUAAUCAUCACAGGGCGUGUUUUUUAAAACAAAUUUUCACAAAAUUCCGGGGGGUGGGGGGUGGGGGUUGGAAUGAUCUCAGAAUUAUUUGAUAGACAGGUACAAUAUGCACAGAAUGUAUUAUUUGACAUACGUAUUUAAUGUUUCGUAAGAAUGGACGGAUUUAUAUUCAUCAUGCAGCUUGUUUAUAUAUUUGUGGAUCUCAGAUCUAUCUGUUUGACAAGUACAUAACAUAAAAUGUAAUGCGCAACGGAUAUUAAAUAUUUUGUUGAACGAAUGGACGGAUUCAUAUUGUAUUCAUCAUACAGCAUGUUUGCAAGUUUAUGGCUCUGAGAGCUAUCUGAAUGACAAGUACAUAGCACAUACAAUGUAAUAUGCUACAGAUAUUGAAUAUUUUGUUGAAAGAAUUGACGGAUUCAUUCUGUAUUCAUCAUAUAGCAUGUUUGUAAGUUUAUGGAUCUGAGAGCUAACUGACUGACAAGUAUAUAACACAUCCAGUAUGAUACGCAAAAUAUAUUAAAUAUUUUGUUGAAAGAAUUGAUGGAGUCGUAAUCAUCGUGUAACUGCACACUGUAAAGCUUUCCAUACGUGUAAUCUUAUAGUUAUGAAUUAAUGAUUAACGUUGUUUCGUAGGAUCUAACAAUGUCUAAACACAGGGUUUGGUUGUUUUAGGGGAGAACUUUUCACAAUAAAAUGCAUUUUUA